AUGUUGUCUUAUGUUCCAUCGCUUCAUGUUAGGCUGAAGCCCUUCACCUCCUACCAGUUUAGAGUGAAAGCCACCAACGACAUAGGAGACAGUGAAUACAGCGAGGAGAGUGAAGCUAUCACUACACUACAGGACGCCCCUGACGAAGCCCCCACAAUCCUCUCUGUCACGCCACACACAACUACAUCCGUGCUGAUUCGCUGGCAGCCUCCGUCUGAGGAGAAGAUUAACGGUAUCCUCCUGGGCUUCCGGAUACGGUACCGGGAGCUCCUGUACGACCAUCUCCGCAGUUUCUCCGUACGCACUGCCAACAGCCCCUCUGCUACCUGGGCCGAGCUCACCUCCCCCUACAGCGUGCGAAACCUGAGCGAGUCCUCUCUCACCCAGUAUGAGCUGGAUAACCUGAGCAAACACAAGCGCUAUGAGAUCAGGAUGAGUGUUUAUAAUGUCGUGGGGGAGGGACCAACUAGCACACCACAGGAAAAAGUGGUUGUCGGAGAGGCAGUACCCACUGCCCCACCCCAGAACGUGGCCAUCCAAACAGCAACGGCCACCCAGCUGGACGUGACGUGGGAGCCUCCUCCAUUGGACACUCAGAACGGAGACAUCCAGGGCUACAAGGUGUACUUCUGGGAGUUCCAGCGUAAGAACGAGACAGAGAGGCUGCGGACCCUGUUCUUGCCAGAGGGAGGGGUCAAGCUGAAGAACYUGACUGGAUACACCACCUACAUGAUAAGUGUGGCCCCCUUCAACGCAGCUGGGGACGGGCCCCGGAGCCCCCCGACCAGGGGCCGCACACAGCAGGCUGCCCCCAGCGCUCCCAGCUUCAUCCACUUCAGUGAGCUGACCACUACUUCAGUCAACGUGUCCUGGGGCGAGCCCACCUACCCCAACGGCAUCCUGGAGGGCUACCGGCUGGUCUACGAGCCCUGCACCCCUGUGGACGAGUCUACCGUGGCCUGUGCCGACUGUCUUCACUCCCCCUCCCCCCCAGGCGUCAGUAAGAUAGUGACGGUGGACGUCAAAGGGGCCCCGUUCUGGAUGAAGAUUAAGGAUCUGGCUGACGGGGUUACCUACAACUUCAGGAUCCGGGCCAAGACGUUCACCUAUGGGCCUGAGGUGGAGGCUAACAUCACCAUGGGGCCUGGGGAAGGAGCCCCCGGCCCCCCUGGAGAGCCCUUCAUCUCUCGCUAUGGCUCAGCUCUGACUAUCCACUGGGCUAACGGUGACCCCGGGAGGUCGCCUAUCACACGCUACGUCAUCGAGGCCAGACCCUCAGAUGAAGGCUUGUGGGAUAUCUUGAUCAAGGACAUCCCAAAGGAAGUGACGUCAUACACCUUCAACAUGGACAUUCUGAAGCAAGGAGUUAGUUAUGACUUCCGGGUCAUUGGAGUGAACGACUACGGCUACGGAUCUCCUAGUCCACCCUCAGCCUCCAUAUCUGCCAAAAAGGUGGCGCCGUUCUAUGAGGAGUGGUGGUUCCUUGUGGUGGUGGCUCUCGUGGGACUCAUCUUCAUCCUCCUACUGGUCUUCAUCCUUAUCAUCAGAGGACAGAGCAAGAAGUACGCCAAGAAGUCUGAAUCAGUGUCUCCCUAUGUGUGUUCAUCAGGGAACAACUCUAACUGUAAUGCCCUGACCCAUGGAGAUAUGGUCAGCCUGGACGAGGGACGCUUCCCCGCCCUGGAACUCAACAACCGCCGGCUGUCCGUCAAGAACUCCUUCUGCCGUAAGAACGGCGUCUACACCAGGUCUCCUCCUCGGCCCAGCCCAGGCAGUCUAAACUACUCUGAUGAGGAUUUGAGCACCACCAAGUACAACGAUCUGAUCCCGGCUGAGAGCAGCAGCCUGACCGAGAAACCAUCUGAGAUAUCAGACUCUCAGGUACCAACAGAGGCCCUCGUGUUCUCGUAUGGGACGGGUGGCCUGCGUGUGCUUCCACUAAACUGGGGCAGUGACAGUGAGUACGAGGUGGACCAGAACAGACAGAAGACCCACUCUUUCGUGAGCCACUACAUCAGUGACCCAACCUACUACAACUCCUGGCGCCGCCAACAGAAGGGCAUUUCCCGGGCUCAAGCCUACAGCUACACUGAGUCAGAGUCAGGCGACCCAGAGCCCUGCGCCCCGCCACCACCCCUGCCCCCAUUGCCACCCCAGCUCACCUCCACCACCCCUCCGCUUAAGCUCCAGACCCAGGGUCAACCUCAGGGCCUCCCGCCCCAGGGCCAGGGUAGUCUCUUCAGGCCGAAAGGCAGCCGGACUCCGACCCCCUCUCAGCAGCUCUCCACCUCCACCCCCUCCAGCCACUCCAACACCCUGUCCUACUGGCCCCCCAGCAGCCCCAGCCCGGCCCCUGGAUCUCGGGCCCCAAUUGCCGGGUUCUCUUCCUUCGUUUGAUGCAGAGAGAGGGAUCCGUGCUCCCUUCUGAAAACAAAGCCCAACCCGCCACCCAAUGUGUGUUUGUUUAGAGAGUAAACACCCAACACACAACAAACAAACCCUCGAAGUCUAUCAUUUUCAUUUUGGUUUCUGUCAUGGCUGGUGUUAUUCAAAACAAUUCUUGCUUGUAUUUCUUUUUAUUACUGAGUUAUGUUUUAAGGAUCAUACUGUAUACAGACAGGACAGAAGUUACAUACUUUCUUUCAGUACUUUUUUCCUCUUGUGUGCGUGCGUGUGCUGGUAUAGUUUUAUUUUCAUUUUUUAAUGACGACAGCUACUGAGACAGCUCCUUAGAACAUGAUAGUAUCUAUUCGCUUUUCUGUUAGUGCUGCUGCUUGAUCAAGUUGCAUGAGGUUUCUUUUGGUAUUAUUUAUUUUUAUUUUUCAUUGUUACACUUCUACACACAUUCAACAAGAGAAUAAUCUAGUUAGGUUCUGUAAAAAGUCAAGAUAUUCUUGUAAAAAAAUAUCUAGAAGACGAUAAAAGUGUCAUGGCGUCGAUCCCCACUCGGAUAACAAGCACCAAUGGAAGUGGGAUCCCAAAAUGGAGCCAUACAAGCGAAUUUGAAUGAUAGAGAGAGGCACAGGGUAUAGAAAGGACAAAGUGAUGAAAGUGAAAAACAAGGAGGAGGGGGGAAAUUGAGGCCGAAAUGAGCCCACCAUUAUUCUGGCGGUUUUGAGAUGCCGGGGCCUGUCCAAUUUG